AUGGAAGAAAUACUCUCCAAGUUGGAAGUAGAAAACCAACUACUUCGACAAUAUGCAGAUCGAGAACAUCUCAUAGGAUUAAUAAAAUAUGAAGAAUUAAGAAAGAUGUUUCAACAGAUAGUGGGAAAUACAAAAGAAAAGCAUAUUCAAUUGUCGAAAGAGCUUGACAAGAAUUAA